AUGCGAACCAAACGGCGAAAAUCCAUAGGCUCCAAACCCAAAAGGGCGAAGAUCCCGCUGGGAUGCGAAGAUAUGGCCCCCACAAUCGAGGAAUGGCGGCGCAUGAAAGUGUUUGAAACCUUCGAAUUGUCAGACGAAGAUGGAAAAUCAUACGACUUUACUGCAGGGGAUAUCGCAUUAGUAGUGCCAAACACGCGUUCCGUUGGCGAGCAGAUGGACGACCAUGAGUACUGGUUCUGUCAGAUAGAAGAGAUACGCGCGCGACAUGCAGACCAAAUAUCUUCUGACAAGGUAUGGGCAAAGAUCAAAUGGCUCUACCAUCCAAACGAGUUACCAAAAGUCCGUGGCUUUGACUCUUCCCAUUGUGGCGAGUAUGAAAUGAUAAAAUCUGACCACUCAGACUGGGUGUCAUCAGGAGUCUUUGAGGGAAUCAUAAACGUGGAAGCAUUCGACGAAUCCAAUCUAGAGCAGAGCUUCAUCCCUGACGAGACAUAUUUCUUUCGAUAUGAACUUGCUGUCGAGAGGGAGAAGAAGAAACCCCCAACAAUCACUCCUAUGCCGCAAUUGACUUGCAUCUGCAACCAACCUUAUAACCCAUCUGAUCCAUCCCCUGGCGCGGUCAUGCACCUAUGUCCACAACCCACAUGCCGAAAAUAUUUCCACCGUCAUUGUGUGGAAUCAACUGCUGUUCCUGGUCGCUCUCGCAUUGAUUAUCUGCUUUCCAAUCCAGACACUGGGACGCCGACCCUCGCUCAAUCACCGAGUACUGCUUCUUCCUCUGGACCUACCGCAAAACGUCGGCGCACCAACGGAAUGUUGGCGUCUAAAGCCACAUUAGACGUGUCGGGUCUUCCGCCUAGACUGGUGCAAGCGGCGGCGCAGCCUAUUGUUCGUGGCGCGGGUUCUGGCGUGGGUGUAGCUGGAAACGUGAGGGCAGUGAUGACUGCCCGGAGAAGGGCAUGCAACCAACUUCAGAGCGACGACGCCGCAGAAGUCGAAGCGCAACUUACUGAGGGAGAACAACUCACUUGGGAGCAGGCGAUGCCGGAUGGGUGGGAAGACGCGAUGGUGGAGGGCUGGGAGCUGCCGGUGGAACAUGAAAUUGCCAUACCAAAUGAUAGCGCCAGUGCGAAGCUGAAUGGGAACGGGAAAAGACCAAGAGGCCGUCCAAAGAAACUAGUCACGAAUGACAAUGUUCUCUUUACGCUUACUUGCCCGAACUGUAAAGGGCCGAUAUAG